AUGACCAGCAACGAGAGCCAAGCCUACGAGCACCCGCUAGCAAGGGAGCACCUAUCAGCCCUGAAGGCCCUCCAGGCCGAGGGCCAGACCGUGGGCGCCCGGGGCUACCACAUGCUGAUGACAGGCUUCUUCCACUGGGGCUUUGUCAUCUACCGCUGCGACUACUCGGACGACGCCCUCUUCGACGGGUUCAUCGCCUACCUCCGAGAGCAGGCCGAACGCUACCACCGGGCCUGCAAACAGGACCGCACCACGGGCCUGUACCUCCGGUGGACCAUCGCGCAGGGCCGCGAGGCUCUCGACGAGCUCACCAAGGACUCGGUGCGGCGACGCUUCGUCGAGUGGCGCGACGGCCUGUGGGUCGAGCGCGACGGGCCCGGCGCCGACCACUGCGUCACGCCCUACCUGCCCCGCUCCGAGUACUGCGUGCACGUCGGCAGGGGCAGCCUCGACAGCCUCGGGGCGCACGAGGAGGCCCUGCGGGCCGGGCAGGAGGAGCACGCGGCGCCCCCGGUGUUCUUUGCCAUUGUGCGGGCCGAGCAGAGACUGACUGGGUUGCCGGAGGGCUAUGAUCCUGACGAGAACGAGGACGAGGACGAGUAUGGCGAGGAUCCUGAGAGCGCCCUGCGUGCGAUCGAGGGCUGCACGGAUGAGGAUGUGGGGUGGAGGUAUGUCCCCGCGGACAACUGGGUCACUCUUUAUGAGGAGCUGCAUGAUGACCAGGCGUGGUAUUACCUGUACGCGCGGCCUCCAGGAAUCGUCAAGUUUUGA